AUGGCCAAAGGUAAAAGAAAAGCUAAGUACCGAAAGCUAGUUCUGGAAAUUUCUGAUGACCGCCCCUCUGCCGGAGAAGAUAGUGACUCCGGCGAAUCAUUCGUAGGCCAAGGAAUCAGUAAACUCAAAGAAGAGCUGGUAGAAGACAACCCUAUGGAAGAUAAUUUCACUAAGCCCGCCGCCGAGAGCUCUAAGGUGCUUGGGCUAGCCGUGGCCAAUCGUGAGCUUAGCAAUAAUAAUAAUAUUGUUGAUGACCUUGUUUACAUGGGUUUUGAUGUUGAGAUGUUGGAGGACAAGGUUAAUGAUAAUGCCCCUGAGAAGAAGAAGACAAAAGUAAUAAAAGAAAAGGAGACCAAUGAGAGCACAAAUGAUGAAAAUGCUUGCCCCUUGGUGACCGUUAGCUCUUCGGCCACCGGUUCCACCAUGCCCGAAGGAGAAAACAAACCGGAGGAAUCCACGGAGGAGGGGUUCCAAAGAGUAGAGAAGAGAAACAAAAUCCACACAAGGAGUUGCUCGACAAUCAACAAUCCACAAUUGGAGCAAACAAUG